AUGAACCUUAAGGAGCAAUUGACUGGAAUAUUGCUCUUGGCAAGGUCAAGUAAUCCUCUAAAAUGCAGAAAGGAAGAAAUUCGUGUCUAUGUCCCUGUAAUUCGGAUUUCCCUUGCUGUUCUAGGAGUUCUGAUAUCUGUAAUUGCUGGAGUUUAUGUUCGUAGAAAUCAGGUAUGCGCUUAUAAGCAGAUAUUGCGAUUUAGAAAUGUUGAAUUUCUUGAGAAUGUGCCUCCAAGGGCCUUUACUUUUGCUGAGUUGGAGCAAGCAACAAAUGAAUUCAGAGAAGUGUUGGGCAGAGGAGCAUUUGGGGCUGUGUGCAAAGGGAUUUUGCCAGAUUCUGAGAUGGUUGGGGCUGUGAAGAAACUUGAGAAAGUAUUAGCAGAAAGGGAGAAGGAGUUUCAGAAUGAAAUCAAGUUGAUUGGGAAAACACAUCACCGCAAUCUCAUGUCCUUCUCAAACCACAGAACCAUCCGAUUUGCGACGAAAGAACUAAAAUUGCCCGCGACAUUGCAAGAGGUAUUCUUUACUUACAUGAAGAAUGUGGGACACAAAAUCAUCCAUUGUGACAUCAAACCUCGGAAUAUACUCAUGGAUGAAAACAGAUGUGCCAAGAUUUCCGAUUUUGGGCUUGCAAAGCUAUUAACGUAUGAUCAAACCGGAACUUACACAAACUUUAGAGGAACUAAAGGCUAUGUUGCGCAGGAAAAUGCCUGUGACAGUCAAAGCAGACGUUUACAGCUGUGGAAUUGGGCUGUUGGAGAUCAUAUGCUGCUGAAAAAGUCUAGACCGGAGCUUUUCUGA